AUGGCACCACAACCUCUAUUUGUGUAUUCAUGUAGCAAGCUUUUUAACUUGGAGGCUCUGAAAAGUUUUAAGCUGCCGGAUUUUGAAGAUUUUAAUGUCAAUGAGAACAGACCAGAUGAGAACAAUGAAAGACAAGGUGGUGCCAAUGUGCCCACUGACAGACAACCAUCAAAAUUACCAAUCAUUGGAGAUGCAAAGGAGUAUUUUAGAGUAGAUCAGUCUACUUACAGUUCAUCUAAUCCAACAGAUACAGGAAAUGAUGAUACUGACUCGGAGAAAACUAUGUCAGAUACUGACUCUGAGAUCAAGAUCAUACCAGAUACUGGUAUAGAUAACACUGACUCUGAGAGGAUUGUAACAGAUACUGAAAGUGAUGACAGUGAUUCUGAGAGGAGCAUAACAGAUGAUGAAUACCGAGUAUCAGAAGAAGAUUACCAACUUAUGCUCAUACAGCAUAUGAAGAAAAGACAGAAAAUGGCUGCUGCUUCUGCUAGAAACACAAGAAGAAUUGAACCGUGUACUGUUUCUCAAGUUGGAUCUUCAACCCAAUUAUUAGAGAUGGGAAAUGGCAUUGUUUUUAAAAUCCCACCAACUUAUGAUAUUUUGGCACAAUCUAUGAAUUUGCCCACUUUAUCAGAUGUUCGAAUAGAUGGUGGUUUGGAUUUCAGAUGUUUAAAUGCCAUGUUGGCUGCUGAAAGGAGGGCUACAAAUCGAAAUGCAGGAUGUUCAAUAAUGUAUCCAUCUCUUCAAGACAGUUUAAAUCGAGCACUACGAGCUUCUAAUUCAGCUCCCUUCAAUCUAAAAGUUGUUGAUUCUGAUAAUGUGGAGGCAACAAUGAUGCAAGCUUUUGAGUCUGAUCAUGUUGAGGCCCCAGCAAUGCCAGUGACACAAAGCCCAGUAGUCCCAGAGAGGCCUGCAAUGUAUCCAUCUCUUCAGGACAGUUUAAAUCGAGCACUAAGAGCUUCUAAUUCAGCUCCCUUCAAUCUAAAAGUUGUUGAUUCUGAUAAUGUGGAGGCAGCAAUGAUGCAAGCUUUUGAGUCUGAUCAUGUUGAGGCCCCAGCAAUGCCAGUGACACAAAGCCCAGUAGUCCCAGAGAGGCCUGCAAUGUAUCCAUCUCUUCAGGACAGUUUAAAUCGAGCACUACGAGCUUCUAAUUCAGCUCCCUUAAAUCUAAAAGUUGUUGAUUCUGAUAAUGUGGAGGCAACAAUGAUGCAAGCUUUUGAGUCUGAUCAUGUUGAGGCCCCAACAAUGCCAGUGACACAAAGCCCAAUAGUCCCAGAGAGGCCUGCAAUUCCUGAAACAGAUCAAUUGCAACAUCUUAGUAGUGGCAUGAAAGCUUUGAAUCAGGUAAAUUUCCCUAUUCGUAGUAUUGAACACCAGCCACCUAAGAGGCAGCAGCUCAUGUUACAAAAAGUCUCACCUAUAGAAAAUGCUGAUAUGGAAAUUAGAAGUUUCUGGCGAAAAGUUGUGAGAAAGGACAUCUCCAAGCACCACAGACAUUACAUGUGGUUGCAUCGUAAAAAUCAGUCAACUGCUAAGAGACUUGCAGAAGGUUGUCAAAAAGAGGUUAAGAAUAGAUCCACAAGGUCUCUCAGACUGAUGAAGAGUGCAGCCACGAGAACCAAAAAGUUAGCUAAAGAUAUGUUGAUAUUCUAUAAAAGGUUUGACAAAGAACAGGUUGAAAACAGGAAAAAGCAGGAGAAAGAAGAAGCAGAAGCCUUGAAGCGUGAGGAAGCUGCAAUGGAAGAGAAAAGACAGCAACGGGGACUUAAUUUCUUACUAGCCAAAUCAAAGAUGUAUGCUCAUUUUAUGCAGCCAAAUCAGGGAGAUGAAGCUUCUACUUCUAAUGCAAAUUUAACAGAGGGAGAAGACAGAGAAGAUGCUGCUAUGAAGGAAAAGGCCUUGAAAACUGCCUUGGAUGCUGCCAGUAGACAAAAGGAAAUCAUAAACCAAUUUGAUGAUGAAUGUGAGAGGCUUCGUGAGUCUAGGGGCUCUAGUAGUAACAUGGACCUGGUUAACCCAUCUUCAAUGCCUUGUACCUCAUCAGUGCAAACACCCAAUAUGCUCCAUGCCACAUUGACCGGAUACCAAUUGAAGGGUCUUCAAUGGCUUGUAAACUGUUAUGAAAUGUCAGUGAAUGGUAUACUGGCAGAUGAGAUGGGUUUGGGUAAAACAGUCCAAGCAAUAUCUUUCUUGGCUCAUUUGGCUGAGGAGAAGAACAAAUGGGGACCCUUUCUGGUUGUUGCACCUGCUUCUGUUGCCCCUAAUUGGGCUGAUGAAAUGGCCAAGUUCUGCCCUGAUUUGAUAACAUUUCCUUACUGGGGUUCAGAAAGGACAGUUUUAAAGAAAAGAAUAAAUCCAAAAAAGCUUUAUAGAAAGGAUUCAAAUUUCCAUGUACUUAUCACAAAUUACCAGAUCGUUGUCAAAGAUGAACAGUACUUGAAGCGAGUUAAGUGGCAGUAUAUGAUUUUAGAUGAAGCUCAAGCAAUUAAAAGCUCAAACAGUGAAAGGUGGAAAACUCUAAUGAGUUUUGAAUGUAGAAAUAGAGUUUUGCUUACAGGAACUCCUAUUCAAAAUAACAUGGCAGAACUGUGGGCACUGUUGCAUUUUAUCAUGCCUACCCUGUUUAAUUGUCAGGAGCAGUUCAAGGAAUGGUUCUCAAAAGACAUUGAGAGCCAUGCUGAGCAUGGAAGUCUACUCAAUGAACACAACCUUAAGAAACUGCAUGAUGUCCUCAAGCCUUUUAUGUUGAGGAGACUUAAGAAAGAUGUGAUUGGAGAAAUGCCUGGCAAAACAGAAUUAACAAUCAACUGUAAACUGAGUUCUAGACAGCAGACUUUUUAUCACGCUAUCAGGAAUAAGGUCUCAAUAGCUGAAUUACUUGAUAGCAAUCGUCUAAUGAACAUUGUUAUGCAGCUAAGGAAAGUAUGCAAUCAUCCUGACCUCUUUGAAAGAAUUGAAGCACACACAACAAUGUACUUUGGGCAUAUUCAAAGCUCUCUUUUGCCACCCCCUUGUGGUAAAUUAGCUGAUAUAUACUAUGCUGGAAGGCACAGUCCUAUAUCCUACAAGAUCCCCAAACUGGUUUACAGAGAGUGUACUGAAAACCUGCCAGUGUCCAGCUCAGGAUCGCCUCAGUGUUUUCAGCAGAAAUGGUUAAACAACCUGUUGAAUGUCUUUUCUACAGAGAAUGUUCACAGAUCACUGUUCCCUGUGAGCGAGAAUGAAACAGAAUCUGUUGUUAGAAGUGGCACAUUUGGGUUUUCUCGCAUGGUUGAUCUCUCUCCAACUGAGGUUGCAUUUCUAGCCAAAAGCUCACAAGUAGAGAAGUGGCUAUUUUCUCUAACUAUCGAUCAGUAUCCAAAUGAGAUGGAAGAAGGCAAAGUAAGAGCUGUAACAAAAAUGUUGAUGAUGCCACCCCGGCCUGCUGAUUUUUCCUUCUUAAGAAGCAGUCCUCUUGGCCUCUCAAAGGCAUUGAUUGUUUCACUAGCAUACCGUUUUCUCAGGAAAGCUAGGAAGUAUAGACCUUUUCACUCUUUUGUUCCUGCAGUUAGUGCUCCUCCUGUGGAUGUUGUAUGCUCUGACAGAAGAUUUGCAUAUCAGAGAAUGGAAGAACUCCAUCAUCCAUGGAUGAAAAGGUUAUUGGUGGGCUUUGCUCGGACAUCUGAAUUCAAUGGUCCUGCAAAACCAGAUAAACCUCAUUAUCUGAUUCAAGAAAUAAAUUCACAAUUGGCUGCCCAACAGCCACUGCUUGAGCUGACCCAAAGAACACUUGGAACUUCUCCUCCUCUGCAAAGCUUUGGUUUUGCAAAGAUGCUUACAUACUCUGGAAAAAUGCAGAUUUUAGAUGCUUUGCUAAAAAGGCUACGUGCUGAAAAUCAUCGUGUGCUACUUUUUGCACAGAUGACAAAAAUGCUUGAUAUCAUUGAGGACUACAUGAAGUACAGAAAGUACAAAUAUCUUAGGCUAGAUGGGUCUUCAACAGUGACAAACCGCCAUGAAAUGGUCAAGGAAUUCCAAACAAAUACAGACAUAUUUGUGUUUUUGUUGAGCACACGAGCUGGGGGUGUGGGUAUCAAUCUAACAGCUGCAGAUACUGUCAUAUUUUAUGAGAGUGAUUGGAAUCCAACACAAGAUAAGCAGGCCAUGGACAGGUCACACAGACUUGGACAGACUAAGGAGGUCACUGUGUAUAGACUGAUUUGUAAGGGGACUAUUGAAGAAAAAAUCUUGCAGAGAGCUAGCAAAAAGAAUACAGUUCAGCAGCUUGUUAUGACUGGUCGUCAAGCAAAGGUUGAUGAAAUUGCUGCAGCUGAUGUGAUUUCAUUGUUUACGGAUGAUGAUACUGAUUCUCAGCUGGAGCAGAAGAUUAAAGACAUGGGCAAGGAUAAGCUAAAGAAGAAAACCGUAAGGUUUGUUGAAGAUGAUGUUCACAUUGAAGAGAUGGAAGGAGAUAAAGGUGGUGAGGUUGGGAAAGUAAAGACACAACGUAAGAAAAGAAAAGAUGAUGUGUAA